AUGCCGUAUCUGUAUAAUACGGUACGGGACCGAGCCCUAGUAAAUGACACCAGCUUCUAUUUGUUGGUCGACUCGGGUCUGCCAUUUUCCUAUGGACCUGCGAAUCGUGCUAGACCAGUGCUUGCUCUGGCAGAGAUGCGGAUGGUUGUUGCAAUUCUCAUGCAGCGAUUUGACAUUCAAUUCGUACCUGAAUACGACUCUCGUGGAUGGGAAGAAGAGCUUGCAGAUCACUUUGUGAUGGCGAACGGAGGACUGCCAGUUGUAUUGAUGCCGAGAAUGUAG